CCUCACCCUCUCAUGCCUCUCAUGCUUCACCAUCGCCAAGUCUCAAUUCCCAAAUCACCAAUAUGUCUCCUCCGGCCUUGAGCAUUAGCCCUCCGCUCCUCAACUCGGCCACCCCCUGGGCUACAGGUCUUGAGAAUCUCCGCGCCAUCCUCUUAUCGCCCUCCACAGGCGCUGUGACAACCCGCACCUCUCUCAUUCAUGGCUUCGAUCACCAGCACGGAGACCAUCAAUACCUCUUCUUCAAUCCGGGGUCCAACGUACCAGACAAGGGCACAUCUUCAACACCAGAAACCCCCGCUGGCCACAAAGAGAGUUCUACCGCCAGUCUCAACAAUUUAGGCUACAGCCCAAUCACACUAGAUGGGUACUUGGAAUUCCUCAAACAGCUGGCUCGUGAGGAACCCAAUAUGCGAAAGACGAUUGUUAUUAGCGUUACCGGCUCGCCCCAAGACAUUCAUACCUGCUAUGAACGCAUCAAGGCCGCAGCUCAGGACCUCCACUUCCCACUCGCCAUGGAAAUAAAUCUUAGCUGUCCGAACAUUCGCGGCGCGCCGCCACCGGCGUAUGAUGGGGAUGCCCUCGCCAAGUACCUCGUUGGGUUACCUGAUGCGCCUGCUUUGCCAAUCGGUGUCAAGACACCCCCAUACACACACCACGGGCAAUUUUCAACCCUCAUUUCUGCUUUACAACCCGUCGCCUCGUCUCUUAGUUUCAUAACCGCUACUAAUACGCUUGGAUCGUGUCUGAUUCUCGAGGACGAGAGUACAGAUAUGUUAAAACCUCAGCUACCUAAUUCCGGCGUGGGCGGUAUGGCUGGCCCACCGCUUCAUCCCAUUGCGCUGGGCAAUGUGGCUACAUUAAGGCAACUCUUGGAUGCGGUACCGGAUCUCAAACAUGUGCAGAUCAUUGGUGUAGGAGGCGUGGCAGACGGCGCAGGUUACCGAAGGAUGAGGGCUGUGGGUGCAUAUGCAGUGGCAAUAGGCACAGCACUCGGGAAACAGGGGCCGGGCGUAUUCGAAAGGGUCGAGGCAGAUCUCGAUGGGGUGUGGUAACAAUAGCCGAUAGCAAUAUCCAAAUAGGCUUAUGAAUGAGUGGAAUAUCGCUGUUAAAGCCAGGAAGUUUAUGGUAUACAUGAUCCAAGGGAUAUUAUCACAAAUAAGACAUACGUAAAUUACACUACGUCGGAUUGUUCCCUCCA